CUCGUAAAGUUGAAGAUGAUAAGCCUAAAACAUUUGAAAUCGCUUGGCUACGUGAUAUAUCUUUGUGUAAUAUUCAGUCUCGUGGCUGCAGGAAGGAAAUAUAAUAGAAAAUUCCCAGAUGACUUCCAAUUUGGCGCAGCUACUGCAGCAUACCAAAUUGAAGGUGCUUGGAAUAUAGAUGGAAAAGGGGAAAGCAUUUGGGAUACUUUCGUUCACAGAGUACCCUCCCCAAUUGUAAAUGGAGAUACUGGAGAUAUUGCAUGCGAUAGUUAUCACAAAUACAAAGAGGAUGUCAGACUUGCUGCCGAACUUGGUACCAAACUGUAUAGAUUUUCGGUAUCGUGGUCAAGGGCAUUACCCACUGGAAAAGCCGACAAUAUCAAUGAAGCUGGUCUCAAUUAUUAUAAAAAUCUAGUUAAAGAAAUUCGUAAAUACAACAUGCUUCCAAUGGCUACUAUUUACCACUGGGACCUUCCUCAGAGUCUCUACGAUCAAGGUAUUCAUUGGAGUAAUGUUAGUUUGGUACCCUAUAUUGUAGACUAUGCAAGAAUUGUUAUAAAAAAUUUACCUGAUGUGGAAUAUUGGGUUACCGUCAAUGAGCCAAAACAAGUUUGUCGAUACGGAUAUGGUUCCACUUUGUUCGCACCUGCUUUAAACAGCGAUGGGCUCUUAGAAUACCAAUGUGCAUAUGUGCUGGUUAAAUCCCAUGCUGCUAUUUAUCGUAUGUAUAAAAAGGAGUUUCCUAAUUAUAAAGCUAGAAUGUCACUAAUUACUGAUUGCCAAUGGAUAGAGCCUCUAACAAAUUCACCCAAGGAUCAAGAAGGCGCUGAACGACAAAGGCAAUUUGAUUAUGGUUUGUAUUUAAACCCCGUCUUCAAGGGUGACUGGCCACAAGUAGUUAAAGAUAGAAUAGCUUUUAGAAGCGCGAAGGCUAACUUCACGAAAUCCAGACUUCCAGCAUUCACUAAAGAAGAAAUAAACGAUAUAAAAGGAACACAUGAUUUUCUAGGAGUAAAUCAUUAUUUUACUAUGUUAGCUAGAGAGGAAAAAGAAGAAGCACCAUUUAAUGAAACCAGUCAUAAACAUGACGUUGGGAUUAUUGACACGUUCAAUCCGCGUUGGGUUAAAGAAGCAGACGGUUUAUUUGUGAUCGUUCCCAAGGGUGCUUUUAAAAUUUUAAAAUGGCUUCAGAAGACAUAUGGAGACCCAAAUAUCAUAAUAACUGAAAUAGGAAUGACCGACCGAAUGAAUAGUACUAAUCAAGAUGACCAAAAUAGAAUCGAUUUUUACACAGAUUAUUUUUGCAACAUCCUUGACGCUAUGGAUGAAGGAGUUAACGUUACAGCAAUCAUAUACUGGAGUUUAAUGGAUACAUUUGAAUGGAAUAGUGGUUACAGUGUUCACUUGGGGUUAUACCAGGUCGAUUUUAAAGAUCCAAACAGGACCAGAAAACCUAAAAAAUCUGCAGGAUUUGCGAAAAAUUUAUCUAAAGAAAAAUCGCUCCACUGCGGUCAUCCUAGUAAAUACAGAUCAACCCCGGUGGCACUUCCCGAAUGGACAUCAAAUCAUAACGUUUCGUUAUGAUGAAAUAACGGCGUUGGAACUACAAACUAAAAAAAUCCAAAAACGAUAGUUCUUCCACUCUAACUUUUCGCAUGCGUCACGAUUCAUUUUCAAACAAGUUAAAUAAAAAAAUAAAUUGGAACGUACGUCGAUGUGUAGUAUUGAUACGUACUGUCAGAUUGUCAGUGGUAAUAACAGGGUAUUCCAAUACUUUGAUGUUUGGGAAGCAAAAUUGUCAAACAUUGUGUUUGUUUAUAUUGAUGUGCACCACAUCUUUCUUAAGUU